GCCAAAAAGGCGCUGCAGCUGCGGGCUGCCCCACGCCGCCAGCGCGGCAAACACACAGCAACACACAAGCGCUGCGCUGCCCCAGAAGGCCACUGCGGCGGGACAAGAUGCUCGAGUCCUCGGAGAACCGCAAGUUCAUGCUCUACUCGAAACGGGCGGACCAGGAGCCCAGGGAGCCCAAAAAACCGAAGGAGAUCGGGUUCCGGUUUUUACAAUUGCAGGUGGGAGACGAGGUCCCGGACUUUCGGGCGGAUAGCACCGUCGGAGAAUUUGGGUACCACGACAUGAUCGACGGCGUCUGGAGCGUUUUGGUCACGUUCCCGCCGGACGCCGAGGCCGUCGCCACGACCGAAAUGGGCCAGCUGUCGAAACUGCACCGCGAGUUCGAAGCGCGGAACUGUCGCCUGAUGGGCGUGUCCUGCGCGUCGAAGGAGCAGCAUCGCGCGUGGAUAGAAGCAGUGGAAGAAAUAGAGGACUGCUCCGUGUCCUUUCCGCUCAUCUCCGACCCGGAGGCCGUGAUUGGGGCGAAGCUCGGCCUCGUCAAGCAGGACUGGGAGACGUGGGGCCCCGCGCCCGUGCACGCGCUCGUGCCCUCGACGCUCGUCAUAUUGUGCGAUAUCGAUAAGCGCGUGAAGGCGACGUGGCAGCACCCGACGACGUGCGGCCGGAACUUUUAUGAAGUGUUGCGCACAUUAGAUGCGUGCCAGCUGGCGCUGUUCCACCAGGUCGCGACGCCGGCGAACUGGCUCCAGGGCCGCGACGUCUACGUCGCGCCGCGCCUCACGAAGGUCGCCGCGAACGAGGCGUUCCCCAAGGGCGUCACGGAGCAGCGGCCCUGGUACCGGACGACGCCGCAGCCGGAUUUGCCUGUGUAAUCGUGUAAUAGACUAUCUA